AUGCAUCUCCACACUCUCCUGCCGCUGGCAGCUGCUCUCUUCCCCCACUCCACAUCCGCCUCAACCGCCGGGACACCACCACGAAACCUCGUCCCAUCAGAAAACAACGGCCUCUCGAUCCGCGCGCGCCCCGACGCCCCCAACGGCUACGCCCCCGCCACAGUCCCCUGCCCACAAGAAAAACCCACCAUCCGCAAAGCCAGCGGGCUCUCCAAGAGCGAAACCGACUGGCUCGCCAAGCGGCGCCCCCAGACAGUAGACCCCCUGAUCGAUUUCCUCAAGCGCGCCAACAUCGACGGAUUCGACGCCGAAGCGUACAUCAACAAAGUCGCCCCGGGGGUCAAGGACCUGCCUAACAUCGGUAUCGCCGUUUCGGGAGGUGGUUACCGCGCGUUGAUGAAUGGUGCUGGAUUCGUGGCUGCUGCUGAUAGUCGUACGGCUGGGUCGACGGAUGAGGGGGGGAUUGGUGGGUUGUUGCAGGCCAGUACCUAUCUGGCGGGCUUGUCGGGUGGUGGUUGGUUGGUGAGCAGUAUCUACGCGAACAACUUCAGCUCGAUCGAGACGUUGCGCAAUGGGAAUAAGGACAGCAGCCUGUGGCGGUUUGAUAACUCCAUUUUUAUCGGUCCGGACCUGCCCGGCAUCUUGGACUCAGCUAGGUACUGGGCCAAGGUGGCCCAGCAGGUCAGCGACAAGGACGACGCAGGGUUCCAGACGUCCAUCACCGACUACUGGGGCCGUGCUUUGGCCUGGCAGCUGAUCGAUGCGCCCGAGGGGGGUCCGUCGUACACCUUCUCCAGCAUCGCUGACGACGACGAUUUCUCCAACGGCCGCGCGCCGUUCCCCAUCCUCGUCGCCGACGGCCGGGCACCUGACGAGAAGAUCAUCUCGCUCAACGCGACGGUGUUCGAGUUCAACCCGUUCGAGAUGGGCUCGUGGGAUCCCACCACGUACGGCUUCGCCCCGACGCGGUACCUGGCCUCCAACUUCUCCGGCGGUGUCAUCCCCAGCAACGGCAAGUGCGUCCGCGGUUUCGACUCGCUAAGCUACAUCUUCGGCACCAGCAGCUCGCUCUUCAACGCCUUCCUGCUCCAAAACAUCUCCUCGGUCGAGGGCGUGCCCGACUUCCUGAUCGACGCAGGGACCGCGGUGCUCGACGGCCUCGACGCCUCCAAGAACGACAUCGCCCAGUGGGUGCCCAACCCCUUCUUCGGCUGGAACAAGGGCACCAACCCGUCCGCUGAGACGGAGGAGCUCGACCUCGUCGACGGCGGCAUGGACCUGCAAAACAUCCCCCUGCACCCGCUGAUUCAGCCCUUCCGCGCCGUCGACGCCAUCUUCGCCGUCGAUUCCUCCGCCGACACCAACUACGCCUGGCCCAACGGUACCGCUCUGCGCGCCAGCUUCGACCGCACCGCGGGCGCCAUCGCCAACGGCACGCUCUUCCCCCCGGUCCCCGACGACCGCACCUUCAUCGCCCAGGGGCUCAACAACCGCCCGACCUUUUUCGGCUGCGACGCCGGCAACUUUUCCACCUCGGGCGGUUCCACCGUGCCCCCCUUGCUCAUCUACAUCCCCAACGCCCCCUAUAUCACCAUGUCCAACGUGACCACCUUCACCCCAUCCUACCCGCUCGACCAGCGCAACGCCAUCAUCCGCAACGGCUAUGAGGCCGCGACCCAGGGCAACGGCACCCUCGACGACCGCUGGACCACCUGUGUCGCCUGCGCCGUGCUCAGCCGCAGCUGGACCCGUACCAAAACCCAAGUGCCCCAGGCCUGCAAGUCGUGCUUCGAGAAGUACUGCUGGGACGGUAAGACCGCCGGGGCGAACGCGAAUGUCGUGGGUGGCGGCGGCGGUGAUGAGUAUAAUCCUACGUUCAAGAUCGGGGAUGAGGGCAGUGGUGAAUCGGCUGGUGUGCGCGUUAUGGGGAGGUCUGGGUGGGCGUUGGUCAUUGCGCUGGUUGCCGCGGGCGUUUUGGUAUAA